AUGGAGGGCGGCAAGGACGCCGCCGGUGGUGGCGGCACCAAGUACCGCGGCGUCCGGAAGCGUCCAUGGGGCAAGUUUGCCGCCGAGAUCCGCGACCCGGAGCGCGGUGGGGCUAGGGUCUGGCUCGGCACGUUCGACACGGCCGAGGAGGCCGCGCGGGCGUACGACCGGGCGGCGUUCGCCCAGCGUGGCGCCACCGCCGUGCUCAACUUCCCCGGCGAGAUCGCUGGGGCUACCAGGAGGGGCGCCGGAGGGUCGUCGUCGUCGUCGUCUGCUGCUGCUGCUGCUGCCCCCGCCGCCGCCUCGUUGAGGGCGACGGGGAGGGGCCGCGGGGACGGGGAGAAGAUCGAGCUGGAGUGCCUGGACGACAAGAUCCUUGAGGACCUCCUAGACGAUGGCAAGAAGAACAAAGGAAAAAAGAACAGAAAGGAAAAGUACAGGGAAACCAGGCCCAAAAGAAAAAGUACAACAAAGCUAUAG